UAAGAUUUUUCCCCAACAACACCUUCAGUCCAAAGUUCCCAACCCUCUCAUGACAAUACCUAUGCCUUGUGCUUGUUUCCUCUCGCCCCCUUCACCAACACCUCCUCUCUAUAACUACAAACCCUAAUUUCCGAUAUCCAUAUUACCAUCAUAUAUAUCCAAGAAAACCAAAACUUGAAGGUGUUUUUUAGCAUGGAAUCCAACCAUCCGGAUCAUCAAGAUUCAAAGACCUCUAGUACUGAUGAAGAAGCUGAACUCCGACGGGAUGUGAACGAUGACAUGGGCACAGGGCGGUCUUACGAGUGUGUGUUUUGCAAGAGAGGUUUCACAACGGCACAGGCCUUGGGAGGACACAUGAAUAUUCACCGGAGAGAGAGAGCCAAGACUAGACCUAGUUCGGAUCCUACUAAUUUGGCUUCGUCGACUAGCAAGGCGGUAGAAGAUCAGAGUCAUCCGAGGGCAGCGGUAUACCAUGCAAUUCAAAGCUACCCGCCACAGUAUUUUAUAGCUCCUCCAGAUGACCAUAUGAACUAUAGAACAUAUGUGCCUGCACCUAAUACAUCAGGGGUGUUAAGGCCCCCGCAUGCAAAUCAUAUUAGUGAUGAGGACUUGUGUGCAAGAAAUUAUUUUCCGAGGCAUCGGAAUUUGCUAAGAGAUGAUCAUCAGGAUUGGAGAUCAGGGAGUAGUUCGAGCUUGAGAAUGGGCCGGCCAUCAGAUGAUUACAAGGAGAGAGUGUUUAACGGUGGCAGUGAAGAAGCAGAUGAUGAAUUGGAUUUGGAGCUUCGACUCGGUCAUGAUCCCUAAGUAUAUAUGUUAUUUUUAUCAAACAUUUGAGAGAUUAUAAAUUAUACAUUUUUAUUAAUUAAUUUGUACACUUUUUGGUUGUGAGUACAGUUAUAGAUUUAUCUGUACAUUUUCCCAUGUUUUCUGUUUUUUUUUUUUUCAUGGGGAGAAGGUGAGAAGUUAUUAGAAUAUCCCAACAUCCCAAAUUUUCUUGGCAAUUUUCCAAUGCCCGGCAGGAUUUAAAGGCAGGAAGAAGGAGCAAUUAUACCCAGAUAUAGUAAAGAAAGUAUUUUGCUUCAUCCAUAAACACACCUAGCCCUAAUUUUUGGUAGGUUUCUGUGAGAAGUUUUCUUAUAAUGUAUAUGUCUACUUCUUCCUUCCAUUGUAUCUGUUUCUUAAUUAUCCCCCCUUUUAUUUUUCACCUAGCUAGCUAGCCCAAGUUUUGCUUAUAAAUUUGUACUGCUGUACUUAUAUCAUAUUGUAUGAAAAGAUUGAAAUUUCUAAUUAUCCAGCAUUACAUAAUUAAUUUGCUUGAAUUCUUGCUUCAUUAACCUAUAUGUCAGUUAUGUUUAAUUGCUUCUUUUUUUUUCCAAGAAAAUGAAUAAGUACAGGAAAUAGUUAACACUAAUUGGGGAAGCUUGCUUGAUUCACUUUCAAGUACUCUACAUGUCAAGUUUUUCUUGUGCCCUAUGAUCUGUGCCAAAUGGUCCCGUGUACAUCUAAAUCAUCGCAUACCAUUGGUCAUUGUACCUCGAUUGUUCAACCCCAACUUGCCAUUCACAUUUCAGGUGAGCUCUGAGAUUUUAGAUUAAACUAUAUAUUCUUUUUUUGGUUACAUUAGAGAGAUUUGGA